AUGUCAGAAAUAGAAAACAAUAAUAGCAUUAAUUCUAGUGAAAAUACAGAUAACAUUUCCUCAACAAUUGAUGAAAAUGAAAUGAAUAAACCAAUUGAUAAUAUUAAUAGUAAUAAUAACAAUAAUGACACUAAUAACAAUAACAAUAAUAAUAUCAUAAUUUCUUCACAUGAAGUAACAGAUAAUGAUAAUGAUAGUGAUGACAGCAUUGAAUCAGAAAAAAAAGAUGAAAUAAUAACAAAUGGAACAACUCAAACCGAACAACAACAACCUACUCAACAAUUGCAAGAAGAACAACAACAACAAAAUGUUGAACAAGAAAAAAAAAUAGCUACAGAAACAGAAACAGAAACAGAAACAGAAACAGAAACAGAAACAGAAACAGAAACAGAAACAGAAACAGAAACAGAAACAGAAACAGAAACAGUAACAGAGACAGAGACAGAGAUAGAACAACAACCCCAUAAUCUUAAAUCAUCUAUUCACGAGUUAUUAUCAGUAUCUCAUAAUUUAUUUGAACAUUUCUUAGUAGUUGGUUUACCAUCUGAUUCAAAUCCAAAAAUAGGUGUAAUUCAAAGACCAGAGUUAUUAUUUAGUUAUCCAAGUAAUAAAGAAGUACCACCAAAAGUUAAAGAAUUUUGUUUUCCAAAUGGUAUUAUGACAUCAACAAUAAAGAGAACACCAUCAAGGUCAAAUUUGAAUGAAAUGUUAUUUGGACAAUCAUAUUUACAUUCAUCAAAUCAUUAUUUCACAUUUGUAAUAUCAAGUGAAAAUCCACUCUAUGGUAUUUGUAUUACUAAACCUGAAUUACUUUAUUCAAUUCCAAACUUUUUUCCAACUCAACCAAAACCUUUAGAAAAAGCACCAACUUAUAUUUCUGCUCCAAGAUGUUAUUGUUUUUUAUCAAAGAUACCAAUGUUUAAUUUACAUUUUGAUGCACUUUUAUAUAUUUUAGCACAAGAUAGAUUAAUUACUACAACAAGAGAGUUAUCAUCAUCAGAAGAUGAGAUGAUACAAGAACAAAAACAAUUACAAAAAGAAAGAGACCUAAAUUUUAAUUUACAACAACAAAAUAAACAAUUACCACCAAUUCCAACAACUUCUGUAAAUAUUUCAACAACACAAAAUACUCAACAACCUCAAACAACAUCAACAACAUCAACAACAUCAACACCAAUAAUAAAUAGUAGUAAUAAUAAUAAUAAUAAUAAUAAUAAUAAUAAUAAUAAUAAUAAUAAUAAUAAUAAUAAUAAUAAUAAUAAUAAUAAUAAUAAUAAUAAUAAUAAUAACUCACCAUCAUUAAUAACAAUUGAUAGUAAUAGUAGUAGUAAUAAUAAUAGUAUUGUAAAUAGUGAUAUUGAUUCAACAACACCAACAUCAAUAUCAUCUGAUAAUAUAUUACCCUCAAAUUCAGAUGAUAUUAUACAACAACAACAACAACAACAACCACCAUCUUCAUCAUCAUCAGAAGAUUCGUUAGAAGAUGAUGAAGCAAGGAAAGAAGAAAUUAAACAUUUAGUUGAUAAACAAAAUCUAUUGGAUAUUUUAAAGUAUUAUUAUCAAAAAGUUGAAUUAAAAAGUGGUAAAACUUUUGAAUUUCUAUUCCCAAAUGAUAGUCAUACUAGAAUAUAUAAUGUACCAGAUGGUAAAAAUAUUCAAGAAAUUGAUGCAAAAUUAAUAUCAGAUUGGUCAAUCGGUGGAACAUUUGCAAAUCUAUCAUUGGAUUGUAUCCUAAGGGUAUUGAGUGCAGUAUUAUUAGAACAAAGGGUUGUUUUUGUAUGUGAUAAUUUAUCAAUACUAUCAUCAUGUUGUUUCUCAAUGAUAUCAUUAAUUCAUCCAUUAAAAUGGCAAGGUUUAUUCGUACCAAUUUUACCACAAAAUCUUUUAGAUUAUCUUGAAGCACCUGUACCUUUUAUUGUUGGUGUUUCUCAUAUUAAUAGAAGAAAUUUCGAUGGUUUAAUAGUUGAUAUAAAAUCAAAUAAAAUAACUUAUAAUCGUUGUUCACAACCACCAAUUAUUCCAGAAUUUAAUAAAUUAUUAAAUAAUUUAAAAAAUGAUACAAAUACAUUAAUUAAUCAAAAGAAUUAUAAUCCAGUAAAGAAUACAAAUCAACAAAAUGAAUCAGUUCAUAGAAUUUAUUCAACCAUUCAACAAUAUACAUUAUGGUUAUUUAAAAAGAUUGAAAUUCAAUUUAUUACAGUUAAUGUUUUCGAUAGUUUAGAAAUCGAGGAUUUUAAAAAGAAAUUCCUAUCAACUGUAUCCGAUCAUAAUAAAGAAUUUAUUAAAAUGCUUUUGGAUACUCAACAUUUCUCUCAUUUCCUUCAUCAUAAUCUAUUAAUAAAACAACAAGAAAGAGAAGAAUUAGAAAAAAAACAAUUAAUUGAAAAUCAAGAAAAAUUAAAAUUAAUUGAAAUUAAUCGUCAACAACAACAAGAAAAAGAAAAAGAAGAAAAAGAAGAAAAAGAAGAAAAAGAAGAAAAAGAAGAAAAAGAAGAAAUUAAACAAAAUCAAGGUGAACAAAAUGAAGAAAAAUAA